GAAUUAUUGAAUUGAAUGCAGUUAUUUCAAAAAUUUGAUAGAUGAGGUUGUUUGUUAGUUUGUUUCUAUUCUAAUUUUGUUUUAGUUUUUUUCAGGUCAGGAAUGGAUACAAGCUUCGAUUUAGUGGCUCUACUGAAGCAGCGACCUAGUACUAAGAAGAGUUACAAAAAAAGGCCUACGCACUUUGUGAGCGCAGCCGGAGGGGUCCAAAAGAGAUUGGAGACUAAUAUCAAGAAUAGAAGGAGCAGUCGCUUCUCUGUCUUCGACAGAAUCAGAAAUAUCACAAUUUGUGACAGCCCCAAGGCACCAAAUCAGCAGAAACCACUGCAGAGAAAACAGCAGUUGGAGAAAUGGAAGGAAGAGAAGAACAAGAAAAAAAGGGAGGCUGCAGCACAGAAGAAGAAGCCAUUUGUUUCUGCAGUGUCUCAGAGAAAGACAUUUGGGCCUCCGCCACCUCCCCCUAAGCCAAUGCCAAGCACUUCAGGACGAGUCACAAGGUCCCAAGCUCGGCAAAAGACUGAAUCAAAGACGUCAAAUGCUCAAACAACAUCCUUUGCACCGAGUAAUGCCGGUUUUAAACCUUCUAUCUUCUUAAACACUGAAGUUCCCACCCUGGCACCUAUAUACAAAAGUAAAACCAGCAAAACAAAACCUAACAUUACUUUUGAACCUGUGCUACCCAAAAAAUUGCAGAAAGAGACCAGUACCACCCGAACAACAAGAGCCAGACUAGUUCCAAAUAAACCAGAAGUAGAUAACAAGAAAAAGCCAAAUGGAAAAACCAAAGCUAAAAUGCCAGUCACACCACCACCACUAAAACAGCAGAUGUUCCAAAGCAGUUCAUCUAGCAGUGAUAUGGAACAGCCAAGCCUACAAAAAACUAUUACCAAAACUCAGGAAAAGCUAGUGCUAAUGGCACAAGCCUCCACCUCCCAGGAUUCAGCCUGCGACUUACAAGAGACUGCAUCUAUGUCAUCCGAAGAAUCGCAAGUGUCAUCCCAGGACUCACAAGAUGCCUUAAUCUCCAUUGAUUCAUCAUUGUCACAAGACAUAGCAUCAAUGUCAUCACAUGAUGAACUAAGUACUCCGAGAAAUAAGGUCCCUAAGAGUGAGUCUAGUUCGGAAGAAAAGCUUCGUUCUCCACAGGCAGUUCAUAUGGCGCUGACUCCAGAACAGAUUGCAGAGGAGGUUAAGAAUAUCAGUCCGUGUGUCACUUUGUCACGAGGAAAGAAUAAUGCCAGGAAAGAGAUGAAGAAAAAACUGGAGGAAGGACUGUUGGAUGAAGAUAAUAGCAACAUGGAAAGCGUGAACCACUUCCGUCGCCAGCUGAACUCUGAGAUUGCUCGCCUUACUGCCAUGUGCAACACUUGGGACAAGGUCUAUGCUCAGACUGUACUGCCGGAGCCUAUCCAGGAGUUAGUGCUAGCAGCAGUAGGGCAGACGCGGCUGCUCAUGUCGCACAAGUUACAACAGUUCGCGGUGCUCGUGGAGAACUGCGAGCAUCCAAUACCCGGGGCGACGGUCGUCACCCCGGCCGACCUGCACGGCUUCUGGGACAUGGUGUUCAUGCAGGUGGAAGACGUAGACAUGCGCUUCAAAAGACUCGAAGAGUUACAGCUGCGGAACUGGAUCGAGGAACAGAAACCAGAGGUCAAGAAAGUGGUUGCUAAGCCAGCAGCCAAAAAAGUAGCCGCCAAGCCUACUGCAGGGCCCAGCCGACUUAGAGAGAUGAUUGCUGCCGCAAUAAAAGCAAAGAAAGACCAAGAAUCUCAAUCCGAAAACUCAACGGAGGAAUCUGAGCCAACAGCAUCCCCUGAAACCAAAAUAUUUGAGGCCGGUUUCUUCAGAAUCAGUUCUCCGAUGAAGCAAGGGUCUCCAGCCCUGGGCACACCCAACAACAAGGCUAGUUUGCUGAAAACUGUACUGUCCAGUGAGGCCAAGAAAUCCGUGAUUAAGAACUCGACGUCGUUCGCCAUGCUGCGAGCUUCGCUGAUGAGCAAGAACGUGGACAUCGAAGGCGUGUCUCCUCUCAUGCAAACCCCAACCAUCAGCCCAGCAUUGCCAUCAUCAGCAACGCCGGCUCGCAGCAUCCUGAAGAAGAACCCCGACAGCAAGAAACCAGACAUACGCAAGGCCGUGCUGUUUAAUGACGAGCCUUCCAGCCCCACCUUCAGCCAACCAGCCUUCAGCUUUAGUAGUUCCAGUCCCACAUCUUACACCAGCUGUGAGAAGACAGAAGCAGAAGACCCAGGAAUAGCGCCGUUGCCGGCCGAUGAUAAGGAGAAUACAGCUACGCCGAAACAAGCUUCGUCAAGAAAGUCAAGGAUAUCUCGACAAAACGCCAUAGAACAGUCCAGCCCGGACAUGACCCACAACCUGGUCGUGUACCGCAGCCCGAUAAUGACCCGCAGCCGACGCAAGAGCGCACAAACCCCCCUAGUACAAACUGAAACAGAAAAGAACCGCACCACGAGAAAGAGUGCACAAACCCCUUUAGUAGCGUCCGACACUAAUGUGGAGAUAAAACUCUCUAGAAGAAAGAGUGCACAAACCCCUUUAGUAGCGUCCGACACUAAUGUGGAGAUAAAAAACUCUACAAGAAAGAGUGCACAAACCCCUUUAGUAGCGUCCGACACUAAUGUGGAGAUUAAACUCUCUACAAGGAAGAGUGCACAAACCCCUUUAGUAGCGCCCGACACUAAUGUGGAGAUUAAACUCUCUACAAGGAAGAGUGCACAAACCCCUUUAGUAGCGCCCGACACUAAUGUGGAGAUUAAACUCUCUACAAGGAAGAGUGCACAAACCCCUUUAGUAGCGUCCGACACUAAUGUGGAGAUUAAACUCUCUGCAAGGAAGAGUGCACAAACCCCUUUAGUAGCGCCCGACACUAAUGUGGAGGAAGUGCAGGCGCAGGAGACUGAAACGCCUAAGCGGUCGACGCGGAAACGAAAGAGCGCUUUAGCUGUGUAAUACCUACACCAUAAGUGGUAAGAAUUUGGAUAAUAACUAGUUUAAUAUAUACCUAAGCCAUUGACAAGAUAAUACUAAGUUCUGUAGGCGCCAUUCUUUUAUUACGUAAGACGAUUUUUGCCAGUUUUUGACCGCCUCCCUCCCCUAUGUAAGAAAAGGCUGACCCCUCCCCCUUAUAUUGGAUACUAGCUGUUGCCCGCGACUUCGUACGCGUGGAUUUGUAUGUUGGUGGUUAUAUAUUUUAAAUGAGCAUAGAACAUUAUGCAGCAAAAGAUAUCAGUAGGGGCGGUAAAUCAUUUGUUAAUAAUUAUACAGCGCAUGAAAUUUGUCUUUAACAAAGUACGAAGUUUCAAGCCCCUAACUGAAAAAAAAUGUUCUCGAUAUAAACCCUCUCAACAAUCAGAUUUUCAAGUCCACUUUUUAAAAAAAAUGUUCGCUCCCGCUGCAAACUUUAUUAAUACAAACUUUUCAAACACGGUGCAAUCAGUUUUCGUCUAUUUUAAUAUAAUGCCCUUUUACCAAGUUUCAUGUUCCUAGCUAAAACGAAAACUUGUACUACAUAUAAACUUACAUCCCCUUUUUAACACCCUUAGGGGUAGAAUUAUUAAGAACGUUGAAAUAACUUUUUUGUAAUAUUAUACAAUGCCUUUCUAAAAAGUUUCAAUAACCAUUUGUAAUGGAUUCAAACUUUCAACCCCUUUUUUAACCAUUUUAGGGGAUGAAUAUUUAAAAACGCUUAAAUUACUUUUCUUGUAUUCUAAUAAUAUGCCUUUAUACAAAGACUGAAGUCCUGUACUCAAAAAAAGGUUUGAUCUCCAUACAAACUUUCAGCCUCUUUUUUUACCACCUUGGGGGAUGAAUUUUCAUAAAUGCUGAAAUGAGUUUUCUUCCCUUAUUAAAUAC